GUAUGCUACCGACCACAGUUUAAAAGCAACCUUCGUAACGAUCGCAUCAACUGGUCUCUAGUCGCCUGGCUUCCUUCUGUCAACGAACGCGCGCGAAUCGAUUAAUUAAUCGAUCGUUGAUUUCACUUUCCACGCAUCGUGAAAGUUCGUCGUCAGGGAUCAAGGGCCCGAUAAAGGGGGAGAUGUGUCUUCUUGUUUGCCCGGACGCGAAACGCAAGAUCCAUCAGCGGAAAAAGUCGCGAGGAUAAGGAAUACAGUGUCUCUUGAUCGAUCGAUUUACGCGAUCGAUUGGCAGAUCAAUGAUGGCAUGGGUCUUCGCUUCGCAUGCUUCGUUGUGUCUUCGUAUCAUCGUUCCACGACGAGACCAGUGAUCGGAUCGUUAUGAGAGAGGCCGCGAUCGUGCGAGGAAAUUGACAGGUGAUGAUCUAACGAUCGCUCUGAUCGCGUUCGAUCGAGGAUCGUCGCAUGAUGAGUGCCAAGCGAAGAGUGUCGAGCGGCCUGAAUGGGCUCGUUAUUAAGUGUGAUCGUGGGAUCGUAUGCUUGGUGUUUCUACUGUGGUAUCUCGCGUUCCUCCCAUGCAUCGUCGAAGCCACGAAGGCAGGGAUAUGUGCCAUGAACGGCUGCAACUGCACCACUCAAGCGCACCGAUGGAUUAACGUCAAGUGCGUCUUCUCCAAAGAACAGAACGUGGAGCUGGAGGAGGGGAUGAUUCCGCCGGACGCGUCGGACGUCGAAAUCUCGCACUGCCAUGAACUGAGGAUACACACGGGCGCGUUCGACGGGGGGGUGCCUCUAAAACACGUCCACGUUUCCAGGAUCUACAGCGUGGUCGCCAAGAGACAGGCCUUUCAGAACCUCAACGCGUCCAACACGCAUCUCGAGGUGUCCGAGUGCAGCAGCGUGUUCCUGGAGAGCCACGCCUUCCGGAACACGCGUGGUACACUCAGCAUCUCGAUAUCGCGUUGCAAAAACGUGGAGAUCAAGCCCAAUGCCUUUUCCUGGCUGCUGUGGAUCUCGGUGAAGGAUGUAAAGUCCCUCGAGCUCUCCAGCAAUGCCUUCAAAUUCGAAGCGCCUCAACACGGACGACACGGACCAGCGACCAAGAUAAUGUUCCAAAGUGUGAGGAUCGCCGAAUUACCCAAGGCAGUGUUUCCUUCGGCAGUCGCGGGAAUACGAAUGGACGACAUCGGGAUCAAGACUAUACGCAAGGACGCUUUCUGCGCGAUGACCAUCCUCAGCGUGAUCAUCAGCAACGCAUCGAUCUACGAAAUCCAAUCCGGCGCCUUCAGCGACAGAGCCCUUAUACAACAUCUCGAGUUCGUCGAUGUGCAACUUACGAAUAUCAAUACGGCGGCCUUCAGGGCUGGUCACGACAAUCUGACCAUUCAAUAUUCAAGAUUAUCCGAGGUAGACACCGGGGCCAUCAACACGUCAGCGGCGAACGUCACCUUCAGCAACAACGAAUUUGGGCAUCUGCGCCCUGGUUCGAUUGUCCUUCACCAGUGGAACUAUAUAGCGAUCGACCACAAUCUCUUCAAGGAUCUCGAGAUCGAGGCUAUUAAAGCGGAGGCUAUUAAAACGGAGGUGGGCGCCAUUUCCAGUCCAAAUUUCGAAUUCUCCUUUACCGGUAAUCACAUAGAAAAGGCGCGAGCGGGCGCGCUCAAGUUCGUGGCAAUCUCGCAGAGUGUGAACAGUGCGCGCAUCGGUAACAAUUACUUCAGGGAGAAGUGUAACUGCAAUCUCGAGAAGUGGAUGCGCGAAGUGACGGGGCUCGAUAACUUCGCUUCCAUGAUCAUGGAAUCCAGCCACUGCAUGGUCGACCAGAAUCUGGACAAGUGCCUGAACCUGUCCGAGGGUUACAUAACCAUGCGCAACUUUACGCAACUCAUCUGCACGCAGGGAUCUCACAUCGAGUGCGAGAAACCGUCGUCGAAACCGAAGCCGAGCGUCAUCCCGCCCAGCGUGGGCCCUCACGUUUACCCGAAACAAAAAAACAAAUAUUUUGAUAUGGAAAUGAGCGAGUCGGAGCAGCUGGAGCGCGAGAAGAGGAUCAUCAUCAUCGUCUGCAUCGUGGCCGUCUUCAUCGUUGUUGUGGCAAUCCUGGCCUCGGGAAUCCUCUACGUACGUCGUCGCGGGGUCUGCCCCAAGCUGACAUCCGGUCCGCUGACGAAUCUAAGGAGCUGGUUCUCGUCCAGCAACGGAAUGACCGCCGCGACGUCGGCCAGAUCGAUCUCGCGGCUGAGCGUGCACGAAUACGUCGGUCUCCAGCCGGAGACCAGGGUCCUUCAUAUCGAGGAGCCUCAGACGAGUGUUCAAGAGGACGACGACCAGGAAAACGACGAUAUUUAUCCGUUCGCAGAGAACAAGGCCACGCAAACGUUACCGGAAGAGCUCACGGAGGAGUACCUGAGGGAUCUUCGGGAGCGACUGAGCGAUCCCGACAAUUACAGCCAGGCGAGAGAGAUGAUCGAGCACUUGUACGAUCUCAUCAAGGUUGAAGAGAGCUGCAACAACAACAACGAUCGGCAACCGGCGGCCGAUCGGGAGGAGAACGCCUACGAUGUGAUCCAUCUGAGAGUCAAGAGGUCUCGCGGAGCAUCGAAACCGUCUGUCAACAUCGGCACCAAAGCACCAUCCUUGGAGAAGUUAUUGCCCAGCGCGAUACGAGUCAGACCACCCAUCACGGAAUACGCGCAACCACACGAUCAGCGGACCAGCGACCAGAAUCACUUAUACGCCGAAUUACCAGGUGAUGAGACGGUCCCCAGCACCAGUCGAUUGUCUCAACCGAUCCUAGAGAGUCUGAUCGGCCGGGCACCUCAGCCGCUACCGCCAGACGUGGUUAACGAUCAUCUCAGCAACGAUGGUCCACCGAAGAAUUUGGGCUACGGUGCGGAUCAUCACGAGGUGGAUUCUACCUGCAAGGAUCAACCUGUUAGGCCGAUGAGCUUCCUCAAGGUGCUCGGCGAGAGUAUUCUGGGCGCGACCAACAAGAAGAACAACAAGAGGCCGAACUCGCUGCUGUGCGAAUAUGCUGAACCGUCAGAUGCGACUGCUCAUCUGUACUCGGAGCUGUCGGAACCCCAGCAAGCGUCCGCGUCCACCAGCAAGAUGGCCAACAGGCCGCUGCCCACUAAGCCCGAUCAGGAUUCCAUCGUCGCGAACGCGGCCAAAGCGUAGCGGCACCCAUUAUCUGUGAUAUAAGUGUUACGUGCUGCGACGAUGAAGAUUGUUAAGGUUCCUUUCUCUUUUCGACUCAACGAGCAAAGUGUGUUUGCGCCCUAGCGAUUGCGUAAGAGAUUGCGCCUCGACUCGGAUAAUGUGCGUGUAUGUGCCUGUGUUCACAAUAGCGAGAGGAAAUACGUCGGAAAUUAGUGCAAUUCAUGCGUAUACAAGGAACGAGCCAGACGCGCGUGUUGAGUACCAAGUGCUGUUACUUUCAAACUGCGUGCGUGCAUGAAUAAGCCCUUGUUUAGAAUAAUCGCGCACAGCCAAUUUUAUGUAGUCGGUUUUAUUUUCGUGAAAGGGGAGGACGAGUUCGAGUAUCGACCAAAGUGCCUAGGCUAGGUUAGGUUAGGUCUAUGCUAAAAUACCACGAGCGAAUCCUGCCAAUUAGUUCGAUUAGUGAAUCGUUAAAAAGUACUGCGUGGGAGAAAUCGAAGAAUUUAUUUAUCCGCGAGAAAGAUAUCACGAAUGAGGUGAAUUUAUAUAUAUUUGCUUUAGGAAUUAUUAAAUAAGUAUUUUAAAAUACCACGAGCGAUUUCGUGCCAAUUAGUUCGAUUAGUGAGUCGUUAAAAAGUAUUGCGAGAGAAACCGAAGAAUUUAUUUAUCCGCGAGAAAGAAAGCACGAAUGAAAUGUGAAUUUAUGUAUAUUUGCUUCAGGAAUUAUUAAAUAAGCAUUAAACCUUUGGUACUCGAGAGAAAUUAAUCAAUCCCCGCUUUGAAACAUUUGAAUUAUUUUCAGUAAUUAAAA